CUCCAUUCCAAGAUGGCGGCCUCCAUGCCCCAUGCCGCCACUUCCGCUCUUCCUCACGUGACCGCAGCGCGACCGCUUCCGCUACCGGUCACGUGUCCCGCCGCCAAGAUGGCGCUGUGCAGGGCGGGCCGCUGCGGGGCGUUGCGGCUGUGGGGUCCCGCGCCGCCCCUCCUGGCGGCGCUGAGGCCGCUGCCGGUGCUCUCCCUGCCCACCAAGGCGAGCUCCCGCUGGGCUCUGGGUGCGCGGUGGCUCCGCGGCCGCUAUGAACGCUUCCUGCAGCGCAGCUUCCCCCGCCUCUAUGCCCUCCACUCCGCCUUCACCGCAGGGCUGGAGGCGCUGCUGGCCGACGCCAGGGAGGUGCGGCAGAUCCGGCAGACGAUGGCCCGGGAGGGGCUGAGCGCUGCGCAGCUGAACUACAGGGACAUGGAGCGGCUGCGGCAGUUCCGCAGGGACGUCCUCAAGGCCGUCCCCGUUGCUCUCAUCGCCAUUCCGCCCUUCGCCAACUUCCUGGUCCUGCUGCUGAUGUACUUCUUCCCACGGCAGUUCCUGAUCCGCCACUUCUGGACGCCGCGGCAGCAGCAGCAGUUCAGUGAGGAGAACCACAGCGCCCGCCGCGCCGCCUACGCCGCAGUGCUCAGCUGCCUGGACACGGCUGUGCAGUCCCUGCCUGAGCAACGCCUGCAGCACCGCCUGCGGGAGCUCUGCCUCCAGGUGCAGCGCGGCCGCCAUCCGCGCGUGGCUGAGCUCUGUGCCGUGCGGGCGCUGUUCUCAGGUCCGGCCCUGCGCCUGGCUGAGCUGCGGGCGGCCCACGUGCGGGCGCUGAGCCGGGUUCUGUUCCUGACGCCGCUGCUGCCCUCCGUUUUGGUGCGGCGCCGCCUGCGUGGCCACCUGCUGGAGAUCCGGCACCUGGACGGCGCGCUGGCACGGCUGGGCCUGGCACAGCUCUCCGAGGAGGAGCUCAGAGCGGCGUGCUACCUGCGGGGGCUGAACCCCUCCCAGCUGAGCGCGGCGCAGUGCAGAGCGUGGCUGGAGCAAUGGCUGGGGCUGUCCUGCAUGCUGCAAGCCUCCGAGGCGUCCCUGCUGGCCAACAGCAUGGUGCUGCUGUCCCUCAACUACGCAGGAGCGGAGCAGUGAGCGGCGCUGAUCCCUCUGCUGCAGCACUGCGUGCUUUGUGCCCCCCAACCCCGGGGGGGGGGUGGUCUGCAGGAGCAGGACAGGAGGCACUGAGGAGCCGUGGACGUCAACCCUGUGUCCCUAUGUCCUGGCAGGACAACGCUACUGCGGCUCUGUCCAUUCCCCCAUGGCCACUGUAGCACUUUAUAUGUAUAUAUGGGGGGAACGGGUGUCCCCCUACCCUACAACUCCCCCACAGAGACUCAGCUCAGCUCUGCGUGUCGCUGCUCCCCGCAGAGGGUCGGCCUGGGGAGGGGUCCCUGUGCUCCGCUCCACGUGGGAUCUAUGGGGUCACCCCUUCCCCGUGCCCCACUGCGGUGGGGGGAUGCACAAAUGUCCCCAUUUAGGAUGCAGAGCCCACUGAGCGCUGAUGGCGUUGAGUUCUGUGUUGGUGUCGCUGAGUCCUGCAUUGGUGUUGAGAUUUGACGUGAUGUCAUCGAGUCCUGCAUUGGUGUUGAGAUUUGACGUGAUGUCAUCGAGUCCUGCAUUGGUGUUGAGAUUUGACGUGAUGUCAUCGAGUCCUGCAUUGGUGUUGAGUUCUCAUGUGACGUCACCGAGUUCCGCAUUGGUGCCAUUCAGCUUUUGACUUUCUGUCGUUGAGUUCUGCAUCGAUCACUGAGUUCUGUGGUGGCGGCGUUGAGUUCUUUGGGUGUCAUUGGGUUCCGACGUGAUGUCAUCGAGUUCUGCAUUGGCAUCGUUGAGUUCUGCAUUGGUGUCGUUGAAUUUUGACUUGACGUUGGGUCCUACGCUAGCAUUGAGUUUUGACGUCAUCGAGUUGUGCGGUGGUGUUGAGUUCUACAUUGGUGUCACUGAGUUCUGACUGGAAAUCAUUGGCUUUUGCAUUGGUGCCAUUCAGUUCUGCAUUACUCACUGAGUUCUGCAUUGGUGUCGUUGAGUUCUGUGGUGGUGUCGUUGAGUUUUGACGUGACGUCAUCAAGGUCUGCAUUAGUAAUUGACUUCUGUUGGUCUCAUUGAGUUCUGCAUUACUUUCGUUGAGUUUUGCACUGUUGCUGGGCUUUGAUCUGAUGUCAUUGAGUUCUGCAUUGGUGUCAUUGAGUUCUGCAUUGGUGUCAUUGAGUUCUGCAUUGGUGUCAUUGAGUUCUGUGGUGGUGUUGUUGAGUUCUGCAUUGGUGUCGUUGAGUUCUGCAUCAAUGUUGAGUUUUGAUUUGAUGUCACUGAGUUCUUCCUUGAUGUCAUCGAGAUCUGCGUUACCAAUUGACUUCUCCAUUGGCGCCGUUGAGUUUGGACUUGAUGUUGUUGAGCUCUGCACUGCUGUUGAGUUCAGAUUUGGUGUUGUUGAGCUCUGCAUUGAUGCUGAGGUCUGCAUUGGUGCUGAGUUCUGCAUUGGUGUCAUUGGGUUUUGAUUAAUGUCAUCAAGCUUUCCGUUAGUAGUUGA